AUGAAUAGAUCUAGUAUUAUAUAUAACAAUAAUACUAAUACUAAUAAUAAUGAUAAUAAUGAUCUUAUAUCAACUAAUCCAAAUUAUCAGAAACUUUAUCAUAAUCAUAUUGAAAAAUUAUAUAAUUCUAAAAAAAAUUUAUCGAAUUUAUUACGUAAUUCACCAACAUUUUCAAUACAAUCAGAACCAUAUUUUAAUCAAUCAAUAAAAAAUAAUAAUCAACAUUUAACAACAACAACAACAACAAAAUCAAUAAUCAAUAAUCAAUCAAAUAUUGAUUCAUCAUCAUUAUCAAUGAUAAAUAUUAAAAAAAUAUUAGAAAGAUUAAAAAAUGAAGUUGAUAUAGAACGUAAUAAACGUACAUUAAUGAUUAAACAACAUAAUCAUAAUAUUAAUAAAUUAACAAAACAAUCAAAAAUUGAUCAUUUUAUAUUAUUAUAUGCAUUAAAACAUGCAGAAAAUAAAGCGAAAUUAUAUCGUGAUGAAUAUUAUAAACUUAAAACUAAAGUUCAAACAAAGUAUAAUAAUUCAGAACAAGAGAAUUCCAAGACAAAUAAUACCAUACAGAAUAAACAAAUAUAUUCAAAUGAAAAAUCAUCUUUGAAAAAUCAAUCUGAUUGGGUAAUUAAUAAAAAUAUUUUACUAAGGUAUUCUGUAGUUUUGUAUUCAAAUAUAUUUGGUCCCCACCUGUGUUCUCGUUCACUACAACAAGAUUUAAUGUUAAAUAUAAACUGGGCUGUUUUAAGCAAAGAUGGAUGGUGGCUAGCAGAGGAAUCCAGAACGAGCGUCUCGUCUUCUUUGGGACUCGCCAGUUGGAUGUACCUGCAUUCCAGAGUUGACGUUCACUCCAGGGAUCGAAUCCAGAACUGUUCGCUCCAACGCCAUCGCGUUAUCCACUUAGCCACUGGGUAUUGA